AUGUAUAUAAAAGUGGAGGAUAGAAAACGAUUAGAACAAGAAGAGCCCGGAACUGAUAAAGAGAAUGUGGAACAACAAAAUGUACGAAAUAAUACGGGGGGAUCUAAAUUCAUUUUGAAAAAACCAAUGUACAUAAGGAAAAAUUCCAAUAAUCAUAUCAUCAAUCAUACAAACAAUGUAGAUAAUGAGUUCAAUAAUUCAAAUGAUUUAAAUUCGAUUCAUCAAUUGUAUUCGUUAAAUUUUUUACAUAAACCACAAAGAGUUUCAAAAUUAAAUGAGGAUAAAUUUCCUGAAGAUGAACUUCAAAGAAAUACAGAUUUAAAUAAACAGAUUCCUUGCGACGGAGUAUCUCCAAGAACUCCCGUUAGAUCUCCAUUCAAUGAUUUAGAUAGUAUAGACACUUUCCAAAGUCCCGUUUAUAAAAAAUCUGGUGAAUUGUUAAAAAGUUCAUUGAAAAGAAGAUCAAAGUCUUUACCAACCACACCUGCAGUACUAAAUGAUGGAGAAGUUAGUCAACAUGGUAAAAUGUUACAUUUUACAAAUGCACCAACUCUGAUAAGAAGUAAAAGUGUACAUUUCGAUCAGAAAGCUCCUGUAAAAUAUUUUUUAAAAGAUGAAAGUCCCAUUAAUGUCAAGAGCAGAACUGCAUUUGAAGAUUCUCUAAGUUUCUUACAUAAGCCGCUGACAUUUACACAGGUGGAAGAUUCUGGAAGUAAUGAUGAUUUUUUCACUACUGAGAACUCAAUGACUUUUCAGAUGGAUAACCUCACUAUGAAAGAUGAAUCAGAUAAAUCGUUACGUAAAAGUAAGAGAUUUCAAAAAUUUAUCAUCAAAGAAAACAGAUUAGAGCCGAAGCAAUCCGAGGACAAUGUCACUACGAGUAACGAUGAACAAAUUGGUCCAAAACAUGUUGGCGGUUCAAAUUUUCCAAAAUCCCCAUUCAUCAACAGUACUGAAACAUCUCAUAAUAAAUUAAGAACUAACAAAGUUAUUGGAUUAUACAAUAUAAAUUUCCCAAUUUUAAGUAACAAAAAUCCAAAAAGUCUGAAACUAAAUAUUUUUGUUAACUUGUCAAGGGAUAAGAAAUGUUUUCUACAAGAUUUAACAUUGCAUAUUCAACAAAGAAAUGCAUUUUCGAUGAAUCCCUCUAACGAUAAUACUGCAAGCCAUCAAAAAAAAAUAAUUCACAAUAAUACUUCCAAAUAUUUGAUUGGUAAAGUGCUAGUGAAAAAUAUUUUUUAUGACAAAAGAGUUGUUGUUAGAUACACUUGGGAUUCAUGGAAAACUGCCCGUGAAGUUGAGUGUGUUUGGCUCAGUCCGGGAGACGGUAUCUUGCCCGGUUCAAACAUGGAUAUUUUCCAUUUUUUAAUUGACGACAUCAGAAAAAUAGAUACAGUAGGUAAAUUAGAAUUUUGCAUUCACUACACGACAAGAAACGACCAUGAAAGGAAAGAAUUUUGGGAUAAUAAUGAUUUCAAAAAUUAUAAAAUUGAUGUAGUGACAAGUGGUUUCAAUAAUCCUUUUAGAAUAACUUAG